AGGCGGAGUGCGCAUGAUCGCCUGACGCCAAGGGUCGGGGUGUGCAGCACGCAGAAAUUAAACUUGCUUUAAACUUACAUACUUUUUUAUUUUUGUGUUUUAUUUCUUAAACUGAAAGCCUUAUAAACUUGCUUAUUUUAACUAUCAGCUCUUCAAUAAAGAUGAUUGACCAGGUUAUGGGAUCAGGGGCUUUGCCCUUUGCAGUUCAGCUCAAAGCUCUUCUGGAACAAGAGUUUAGAUAUCAGCCCAAACUCACUGGACUCCGAGUCAUUGAGUCCGCUCAGGACAAUGGUCUGAGAGUGACCGUCAAGUUGAGAGAUUAUGAAGUGAGAGAUCUCCUCUCCUUGACCCGGUUCUUUGGCUUCAGUGCCGAGACUUUCUCUCUUGCUGUGAAUUUUCUGGAUCGAUUUCUGGCUGUGAUGAAGAUUCAGCCCAAGCACCUGUCAUGUGUCGGCCUUUGCUGUUUCUACAUCGCUGUAAAGAGUUCAGAGGAAGAGAAGAACGUUCCUUUGGCCAAUGACCUCAUCAGGAUCAGCCAGAACCGCUUUACUGUCCAUGACAUGAUGAGGAUGGAGAAGAUCAUUCUGGAAAAGCUUUUCUGGAAAGUUAAAGCACCAACUGCCCUUCACUUCCUUAGAUUCUUUCACUCUCGAAUUCAAGAGCAGGUGGAUGCAGAAAGUAAGAGUAUCCUGAAUAUCGACCGGCUUGAGGCCCAGUUGAAGGCUUGCCACUGUUCAUUUACCUUCACUAAAAUCAAGCCUUCCCUGCUUGCUUUGUCACUGUUGGCUCUGGAGAUCCAGGAACAGCAUGAAGACGUUACCACUCUGAAAGAGGCACUGGUUGCUCUACAAGAGAGUUUGAGCGUUAAAGAUGGAGAUCUGGUUUGCGUGAGAGAACUUGUUGCCAAGUGCCUGGCUGAGUAUGCCACCACCAAAUGCUUAAAGCCAAAUGGCCAGAGACUGCGAUGGAUGAUUUCGGGUAGAACCGCCCGACAACUGAAGCACAGUUACUACAAGAUUGCUCAUCUACCAACAAUUCCUGAAUAUGCUUGUUAAGAUGGUGUUGGGUGCCUAUAAUUUAGCAACUAAAUGUCUUUGUCCUUAUGAAACGCAUCUAUAUUGUGGGCACCCAGCACUUAUUUCUUUACAAGGUUUCUUUUUAGCAAAGUCUAGCACACUUUGUUCCUUCCCUCCCCAGUCUUUGUUCUUCAUGACACCUGCCAUGAUUAUUUAUUUGACAUUAGCACUAAAUCUGCAACCGGUGAAGAUUUUCUAGUCAAGGGCUAAUUUCAGCAAGUUGAUCGGAUGGCUUGCACAUGUACAGUAUGUUCAUUUGAAUCGGCGCUAAACGUGCUGGUUGUUUAAGGCAAUGAAGUAUGGAACCGCCUAGGUCCUCAGUCCACUGUGUGGAAGAGGAGGGAGAAGGGUUUUGUGAUUCGAGACAACAACGAAACCAAGAGAUCAGGCCCAAAACCCUUAACUCCCACCCUAGGUUGUCAACUGUUGUAAUGCACACUCCUACCCAAGGUGAUGAGAGAAGUUUCUUUUCUUUUUAUUUUACGGUGUUCUGGAUUCUGAGGUGACGUGAUGAAAACGGAAUACUUAAUGUUUUAAUAUACCUUUAAUGGAAAAACUAGCUAACUAGGCUGAAGUUUAUUUUACAUUUGGUUACAUUACAGUUGCUUGUAACUAUAUAACCAUUUGUUUAUCCCUGGUAUAAAUUGUCAAACUAACAAAAUGAUUGGUUAAAAAUAAAAUUGAAGUUCCAAGUGAAUACACAUGCUAAAGAUUUAUCUUUGUUUUGGCUCUAAUGGAAAUGGGAGCUGCACCCAGCCAAUUUAUGUAGUUGAACCUUUCAAUAAAAUUAUUGAAAUGUUAAUAA